AAACCACAGAUCCCAUUCUGAGAGAGAGAAGAAGGAAAGAAACCCCCGAAAAAACCCAGAUACCCAAAAACGCGAGGGAGAUAGAGAAAGCGCGAAAGAAGAAGAAGACCCAGAGAGAGAGAGAGAGAGAGAGAGAGGCGAAGGGGCAUAAUGGGAAAGAAGAAGAAGAGGGUGGCUUCGAAGGUGUGGUGUUACUACUGCGAUAGGGAGUUUGACGACGAGAAGAUAUUGGUGCAGCACCAGAAAGCUAAGCACUUCAAGUGCCAUGUCUGCCACAAGAAGCUUUCUACAGCUGGGGGUAUGGCCAUUCAUGUCCUCCAGGUCCACAAAGAGAACGUCACCAAGGUUCCCAAUGCAAAGGCUGGGAGGGAAUCGACAGAUAUUGAAAUAUAUGGGAUGCAAGGAAUCCCACCUGACGUCUUAGCUGCACAUUAUGGAGAGGAAGAAGACGAUGCCCCGUCAAAAAUGGCUAAAGUGGAAAUCCCAUCAAAUCAGCUUGUUAGCAGUGUGGUGCCAGGUUCAUUGGGGACAUAUCCUCCCCAGCCACCUGUUGGAAUGCGGCCAAUAUACAAUUCAUCGAUCCCAAUGCCUCAUAACGGUUGGCAAGUUGCACCUCAUCCCCAGCCUUGGUAUCCACAGCCUCUGGCAGUCUCUGUUCCUCCGCCUUCCGGAAUGGGUUAUUCACAACAGCCAUUGUUUCCUGUGCAGCCACCUCUACCAUCAACAACAUCCCCUGGACUUCAAUCUUCACAUGUAACUCCACCUGGACUGCCUGCAUCUAUGCAUCCUGUACCUGUAUCACAACCUCUGUUUCCUGUUGUUGGUGUCAAUAAUUUACCAACUCAAAGUUCUCCAUUUUCUGCUCCCAUGCUUUCAACAAAUAAUCCAUCAAACCCUCUAGGCUCGAUGGAUGCACAUCAGGGCGCUAGAACUUCGAUUCCAAAUAGUUACCAUGCUUCAAAUAUUCCAGGUGGGAACUUCAAUAAUUCACACUCUUAUGCAUCUGGUCCAAAUACUGGUGGCCCAUCAAUCGGACCACCCCCUGUAAUAGCAAACAAAGCUCCCCAACCAGCCACUAAUGAGGUCUAUUUAGUUUGGGAUGAUGAGGCUAUGUCCAUGGAGGAAAGAAGAAUGUCCUUAGCGAAGUAUCAGGUGCAUGAUGAAACUACCCAGGUAAGUCAUACUACCUCUUUUACUUUUACGGAGUUGGAUUUCUCUAACCAGAUGGGUAGGCUUUAUGUUUCGGCUAUUCAGAUUAGUUGGUUUACCAAUUCUUUCCUGUUUAUAAAUGUAUUUUCUGUAUGACUUCGAUCUUAAAAAUUUGAAAAGAAGAAACAUGUGAACCUUUAAUCAACCAUCUUUCUGCUAUUGGUUGGUUGUUUAAACUGCCAUUCUCCGGUUUGCACGCAACUGCAUCAAUCAGUUCAAGUAGGUAUUUACAUUGUUUUUGUUGUUAGUUAGUAAUUACAAUUUUGACAAGCUUGCUGCAAUGGACUCAAGGUGCUCCAACCUUUACAAUGUACUCAGUUAAGUGCGUAAUGUACGUAUUUGCUCUUUAUCUGUUGUUAGUCAUUCUCCCUGCUCUCUCUUGGGUUGUGGGGGUUUGAAUUAAACCAGAUGAAGCCCAACAGAACUUUGCUUAAUUGUAGCACCAUUACUUUAUUUUAUCAUUGCACAGUGAAAUCAGACUUGGCCCAGGUCAGCUUCUUUCACAAAGUUUGACAUCUCUUGGAUAGGACAAAAUCUAAGUAUCUCGCUUGCCAAAGUUGAUUGUGUCCAUUGUUCCUCUCUGAUGAUCUUUACUAUGGUUUUUGUUUUCAGAUGAGCUCAAUUGAUGCAGCCAUAGACAGACGGAUUUUGGAGAGCAGGCUUGCUGGUCGAAUGGCAUUUUAGAUCAAAUGGCAGCUGUUGGAAUCUGGUGUUGAGUUAUGGUUCAUAUAUCACUGAGUUUGCAUGAAUUUCAAGAGAAGCUUCCCUGAUUCGUCUUACAAGUGACCAGCCAUUUAAGUGAUCCUGUGUUCUAUUUUAUUCUUUGCCAGAAUAUGGGUUAGGGGCAAAUUUUUUAAGUUAGCAUUCUUUUUUAUUUCUCCCUUUUGCUCCUAUGGAUUUUGUUGUAACUUGUAAGCCUUUUAGAUUAGGGUAUAAUACAAGGAUUACAUUUUAUUUAUCUUCAGCUAUUCGCUUCUUCAAUAGUUUC